AUGGCCUCGUUCGCUCUCUCCAUCUAUCUUGGCGCCUUUAUACAAUUGGCGUCAAGUCUGCAAGUUGCACCAAGCUCGGAAUGUGCGGCGCUUUGUUUAGACAACCCGGAGAGCGACUCUGCGAAUCCGGCCUCUUCUUCGACAAAUGCAACAGACAUCGUUUGUGGCGACUCCGACUAUGCCGAUACAAGUAAAGGAAUCAAGUUCAAAAAUUGUAUAGAUUGUCUUCAAUCCAGCUCGGCGUCGGAGUAUGACGAGAGUGACAGUGCCUGGUUUUUAUAUAACCUAAGAUACUCUGUGGAUGUUUGCCUAUUUGGCUUCCCAAACACAACAAAAGCUAUUUCAUCGCCAUGUAGCACCAACUACGCCUGUCAACCGCUGCAGAUAGCUUUGGAAACAGAACUGGUCAACCCGAGCAAUGGCACCGAGUUCGACUACUGUGACGCAGAUGGAGGCCGAUUCAACGGAUCGGCUGUCGAUUCGUGUGUACAAUGUCUCCAAGCUAGUGACGACCAGGAGUACAUGGCGAAUUUUGUCACCGCUUUACGUGCAGGAUGCGAACAACGCCCGCAACCGGGAGCACUGAUCGGCCUGAGUGGUUCACUUUUUACAGAGCAUUUGGUGAAUAUUACGACACCGCCGACCAACGAAACGGCCCGCAGCGACAAUUCUUCGACCACAGGAAUGACGACUGGCGCAAUUGUCGGGAUCGCGGUAGGCGCGGCACUAUUAUUCCUAGGGGGCACAGCACUGUUCUGGAUUUACUACCGCAAACAAAAAAUAUUCUACGAGUCUGAUUACAUUUCUAACUACGAUCCCCGUGGUGGUUGCUCAUCUGUGACACCGCCUUUGGACGGCGCAUACACCGCUUUCGACAGCAAACCUGGCUCUGUCAUGAGCCAGUACGAGUUGAGAGCCCAAGCUGCGUAUACGAACCACUCAGACGAAUAUGACGAACUAGAGAAAGACGUAGCCACUCGGCAGCCGAACUACCAUUUUGACCCAAACCAGAUCAUGCGAGGACCGAACAGUGCAUUGCCCGUCCACCCGGCAUACGUGCCGCGUGCUAUGAGUCGCGGGGGGGUCCGGGAGCUGUCACCUGAGCCAUCUGUGCCUGUGAAGUCGAACAAGCCAGAUGAUUACGCUCUGAGUGCAUAUAUGAAUGCGUCGCGAGCAUCUAGACCCCCUUCUGUUCAGGUUCCAACCCUAGCGCCUGCAUUGCCAACGUCCAUUCCUGCAUAUAAUCCAGCCUUGAUGUUGCCCACAAUGGCAGCUCGUGGAGACUCAUACCAGAAUGUAUAUCGCAAUACUUGGCGAGAGUCACAACAACCAGCGCUACCUUGCCCGCCUCCACCAGCACUAAGUCGAGGCCCAUCACAAAACAGAGGGGUAGGACAAACCGUUCUGCCUGGUCCACCACCUCCACCGCCACCGCGCGCACCUAGACUGACUCUCCCGACCGUUUCGAAGUUACGAGGUGCAAAGAAAUAUCAGCCGCCUUUGAUCGUGGUCGAGGAUGCGACACCGACAGCUGGACCUGGGGAAUCGGUACCCAUUGGGUUGGAGAUUAGUAACCCAUUACCCCAGCACAGGCAACGAUUUGCCAACGAAUCGACGGCUAGAGUUGAUCCUCAACCAUCACACCAGCGCAUGCCCUUGACUCAGCAAUUUCCCGGUCACAUACGAAAACAGUCAGCCGUAGAUCGGCGCGAGACACAAUUGGAUGACUUCAUAACGAUACACACGGGCAAAAGCACAAUGUUUGGAUGA